ACCCAAAACAUGACCUUUGACACUUUUAAACCCAAUGUCAAGAAGAAGCCAUACGGCUAAUAGAAGAUCUAUGUGUUUGAUCUGACAGGGCAACAGUGGAAGAGGACAGUUGGGCUGAGAUGGAAACAGAAGAUCUGCUGUGCUAAGAGAACGUGUGCUUAGAGAAAAAAAAUAUUCUUUUUAACCCACAAGACAUUUUACUACUUCAUAAAUUCAUGAGUUUUGAUAUUAAAGUAUUUGAUUAAUUAAAUUUGAUACGGAGUCACAGCACUUGGGGGUGGAGGGGCAGUGUAUCAAAAUGAAAAUAAACGUUCUGUCUUUAAUUUCCCCAACCACCUUACGUCACAGGAUACAGUGUCUGACCGUGUGGUUUUCUCAACAUUGCAUUUGCUUGGCUCACCACAGAGGAGCUUUUGGUUAUGAAUCAUUAUUGCAUGAAUGGCUACACAUGCUGUGUUUGUCCUUCUCCCGACUCUCCACCCAGGUUCUGUUAGAAACACAUCUGUAUCCUAAAGGUUUCUCGCUCUGUUCCUUACUUUGGCUGCAAACGGAUGGGGCGGGGAAGGGGGUUGAUGUUUUAGGAAAAGUUUGGGGGUCACUUCUCUAUGAGGGUUGAAGCCAACUUCUCCUGCCCCUGCUUUCCAAGCAAGCUGUGAGGUUUUUUUUUUUUUUUUUGCAGGACAAUCCAUGCUCCUCCUCCCUUCGCACAACGUCACCAGAUCCCGAUCUCUCCCAAAGCCUGAGUGAUCGUCAGCGGCAGCAGCAGCAGCAGCAGCAGCUUAUUCUAGUGGCAGAACAGUGGAGCAGUGCGCGCAGAGAUAGACAAAAGAGUUUCACAUCCCAUAAAAAACAGGAAGGAAAAAGGGGGAGACGGGCUGCACCAAGACCACCCUGCCAUUUCCAACUUCAUCGACCUGGACUCCUGGUGUGUCCAGCUGCAGACAGGCAGAAGAGCCUGGAACUUAUUGAGGAACUGCGCCGGCAGAUUAUCUGUGAGGUGAAGUGUCACUUUUGCUGACGGGAGGAAAAGCUGGACAUUUCCCUGGAGGAACUUCCCAAGUGUUGGAAACUUCCCAGUGCAGCAUCGAUCGAGGACCUCCCGCCCACUUUUAGCUGUGAGGCUCAGCGGUGGAAGAGAGGGGAGAGAUAGGGUGAGAGAGAGAGAGAGAGAGCGAGCGAGAGAGAGAGCGAGAGAGAGAGAGCCAGUUGUGCAGCCGCUGCGGUGAAUGGAGCAACAAAGGCUGCAUGGUUAAACCAGAAGAGCUGCGUGUGAUAAACCCCACAGCUCGUAUUUCGCAGCUUUAACAGCCUCAUCUGCACCAGACCGGAUCCGAUCAUCUCUGUCUCUACUCUUGCGUCUACUUUAAACAAACUCUUGCAGCAGACGUAAAGUGAGGCACGGUGAGACGCACGACUUCUGCCUAAGUCUGUUCUUGCUGCUGUUACUGCCCAUUGAGGGAAGUGGACUAGUUUUAGGGGGGCCGAGGUGGGAUUAGCAGAAGUUGCAUGCUCGUUGUUUGUGGUCUCAAGUCAGAGCCCACAUUCAAACACUUUUCGGGUUUCCAAGACAAGAUCCGGACAGUUAGGAGCCAUGGCGAUGUGUUUGGGGCUGUGGAUACUCAUGUUGGCGCUACACAUCCAAGCUGGCAGUGGUCAGAUGGUACAGAUGGACCCCAGUAAGUCUGGCUUCGUGGGCUCACAGGUGGAACUGCGCUGCAUUUUCAUCAACAGUAACCCACCUGUCAAGAUCUCCCAAGUCACCUGGCAGAAGCUUCUCAACGGCACCAAGCAGAACGUGGCCAUCGCCAAUCCAGCCCUCGGCGUGUCCGUCCUGCCACCCUUUAAAGAGCGGGUCAGUUUUAAGCAGGCGGCAGUCCGUCAUCGCACACCCUCCCUGGAGGACACCACCAUCGUGUUCUCCAACCUACAGCUGUCUGAUGAAGCUGCCUACAUCUGCGAGUACACCACAUUCCCUGCAGGCAACAGGGAGAAUAUGGUCAACCUCACAGUAUUUGCUCGGCCAAUGACGCGUAUGAGCUUGACGACACCCACUAUUGUGGCCAGGGGUCCAAAACGCAAGAUGACCGUAGCAACCUGUGUCUCAGCCAAUGGCAAGCCCCCAAGUGUGAUCAAGUGGGAAACCAGGUUGAAGGGCGAGGCCACCUUCCAGGAGUCCCGCAACCAAAAUGGGACAGUGACAGUACGCAGCAACUAUGUGGUGGUACCUAGCCGUGAGACCCACAUGCAGAGGCUCACCUGCAUUGUGACGUACAGGAAUGAAAACAUCAAGGACAGCGUGGUGCUCAAUGUCCAGUAUGAACCUGAGGUGACAAUUGAGGGCUUUGAUGGAAACUGGUACUUGAACCGUCAGAAUGUCCAGCUGACCUGCAGAGCUGACGCUAACCCACCUGUCACCAUCUACUCUUGGAAACUGUUGAACGGCUCCCUGCCCACUAAUGUAGAGAUUAAGAACAACACUCUCUUCUUCAAGGGCCCAGUGACCUACGACCUCGCCGGCACAUACGUCUGUGAUGCAACCAACGGCAUUGGGACUCGCACUGGCAUUGUGGAUGUCAACAUCACAGAAUACCCUAUCAACCCGACAAAUGGGGGCCAGGAGAUCUCGCAGGAGCAGCACAAUACAGGGGCCGCCAUAGGGGGCGCUGUGGGGGGAUUGGCCCUGCUGGGUCUGGCAGCCAUACUACUCUUCAUAUUCCUGCGCCGCCGCCAACGCACCUUCAAGGGAGACUACAGUACCAAGAAACACGUGUUCGGGAAUGGGUACAGCAAGGCCGGCGGCCUGCCUGCCCACCCCCCCAUCCCAAAGAACCUGCAGUACCCGGAUGACUCAGACGACGAGAAGAAACCCGCCCAGAUUGGCAGCACUGGAGGGUUCGAGGCCAGCGAGCGUGAUUUCGAAGCCGAGGCAGAGGACCUGAAAAGGCCCUAUUUCACGGUGGACGAGGGCGAGAGCAGAGAUUAUGACGAGCGGACUCUGGCCUUCCAGUACGACCCUGAACCUGAGCUAGCCGAUGAUAUGAUCUCUCAAACCGAUGGCUCGGUCAUUUCUAAGAAAGAGUGGUACGUGUAGUGGCAUGUUACAUCCAAAUCAAACAGCCCCCGUGUCACCCACCUGCCAUUCCACCGCACCCCUCACGUCCACCACUACCUAACCCUGCCAUACGUAAACUGCACCCAUCAAAGACACCUCCUUCUCCCAAACCCCACCAUGUCAGACCCCAUCAAACUAAUCUCUAUUAGCAAAUCAAAUGUCUGUUUAAAGUGCUAGCAACAUCCAGCCAUCAACACAACAACAUUAGGAUCAAGGCUACCAGGUGAAUGGGCAGAGUGUCAUACGUUACGUGAACUGACCUACGAGGCCGGAAAGGUCAUUGGUUGAUUAAUACUGGUGUAUUAUUCCUUUUGUGUAUUUCUUCAUGUUAUAGAUGUAUUAAAUGUAUAAAAGGAGACUGCAGGUUGAGGAUUUGCUGAGCACAUUUGUGAAAGUCCUACACUGGAUGUAAGAUUGGAUUUUGUUUUUUAUGAAAUGUUUUUUGUUUGUUUGUUUUUACUAUUACCAUUGCCUUUGGUUGUUUUUAUGGUGUUUUGUAUGGUUUGUAAGUAAACAGAGAAAUGAGAGUUAAAUAUCUAACCUAACCACAGCUGGAGUUCUACAUGUUUUUUGGUGAACAAUUCAGACAAAAAAAAGAAGAAAAAAAAACAAACAAAAAAAACACAUACAGCACCAGUAUGAUUUUUUUAAGUUUUUUCACUGGGGUAAGUGUCCAUGAACUUUUAUAUAUUCACUGCAUUAAAUAUUGACAUGUCAUUGCUGUUUUCCAAAGACAUGCUUUGUAUUUUGGAUCACUCGGUGUUUAUACGUUUGUUUCUUUACUGAGAUGGAGUCAGUCUACUGAGCCGCAUCGACAAGGCACUAACAAAAAAAA